UUAUCAGCGUAUCCUUAAGGUCGUGCAGCUAUCGGCCUACAUUUGACACCGUCUUUAAAUGGCCACAUCAGCAGACAGAUAAUCAGUGAGAUAAAGAACAGCAUCUUCCAUGCCAGCUCAAGGAGGGGUGGAUGUGUAUAAAUUGAGGCCUUUGGGGAAUCACAAUCUCACGGUCUGCUGUAGCACUUCAUCAUCAGCUGCCUUCAACCCGACGAGCCUGCAGCCAUGGCCUUUAAUGGAACCUGGAAGGUCGACCGCAGUGAGAACUAUGUCAAGUUCAUGGAGCAAAUGGGUGUUAAUCUUGUAAAACGUAAGGUGGCAGAGCACGACAACCUGAAGAUCACCAUCGAGCAGAACGGGGACAAGUUUCACGUCAAAGAGUCCAGCACUUUACGCACCAAAGAGGUUGACUUCACUCUGGGCGUUCCAUUCGACUACACCCUGGCUGAUGGCACUGAAGUCUCAGGUGCAUGGGAGAUGGAGGGGGACACGAUGAAAGGCAAAUUCACCAGGAAAGACAACAACAAGCUCCUGACCACGACUAGAACUCUGGUGGGCGGAGAGCUCGUGCAGAGCUACAACUAUGAAGGGGUGGAUGCCAAGAGGAUUUUCAAGAAGCAGUAACCUGGAUAUUGAAGUUCAAGUUGUAUUUUUAUAUAAAUCACACAGCCCAGUGAACUGUAUCUGAAGUUAUUGUUGGCAUUUAGCUUAUUUUAGAAGAAGAAUCAUAGUCCCCAUGUUCAUGAAACAACAGCUAGAAAAACACUGAAAUGGUCACACAGCUCAGGUAAACUUGCAUCCCUUUUCCUAUGAAAGGAGAAAACAAACACUAAACAGCAUCCUGGCAGUGGAUGUCUAUCUGUAGCAGUAGCUAAACAUUCAAAUGGGUUUAGUUUUAUUUGUCUUGGAGGUGUUCAGGAUAAUCCGCACAUCAUAGUGUCAACAAAUUUCACAGGACUCAUUCAUUGGUAUGGUGUAGAUUAUCCACAGUAAUGGGUGUUUUCAGGUAAAGCUCUACGGCAACAUGAAAUACAUGAAAUGCUAUUGUGUGUGUUCAAACAGGGAAAUAAAUCAAUAAAUCAAAUUGCACUAAUGGUUCUCAUGUAUCAGAUUGUCCUCUACAAUAAAGCAUGUUAUGUCACUUGA